AUGGCGGCUAUAGAUUUAGCAAUCCUGUUCGUAGCUUUCACGGGUCAUUUUACCAUGACCAUGAUGAGCACCACCAUGGUUGCACUUGCACCCACCAUCCCCAAACCUAAACGAUUGGUCACCAAACUCAUUCAUCGUGAAUCCAUCUUUUCUCCCCGUUAUAAUGCUAAUGACACUGUAGUUGAUCGUGCAAAACGAGCUAUCAAAACUUCAAUUGAGCGUCUUGUGCAGGUGUCGAAACUGGUUUCAGACAGCCACGACAUUCAGACCAAUCUUCUCCCUAGCCAGCCUAGUGAACUAUUCUACAUAAAUUUUUCGAUCGGCCAUCCACCAAUUCCACAGCUUGCAAUCAUGGAUACCGGCAGUAGUUUUCUAUGGGUGAAGUGCCUUCCUUGCAGUCCUUGUUCGAGCAAAUUACCUAUUUCAAUUUUCGAUCCUAGCAGGUCCUUCACUUAUACCAGCAUGUCAUGCAGGAGAUAUAGCUGUGGCUAUUCCAAAUGCAACUCCUAUAACGAAUGCACUUACAACAUAACUUAUGUUCGAGGUCCUGGAUCGACAGGAAUCUACGUUUUCGAACAACUUACCUUUGAGACAAUAGAUGACACCGAGAUUGUGGUGCCCAGGGUACUGUUGGGGUGUGGCCGAAGGUUUGAAGUUGAUAGUGGCCAAUACAAUGGAGUAUUUGGACUUGGAGCUGGCAGAGACACAUCUGUAAUAACUCAAUUAGGUUCUCGAUUCUCCUAUUGCGUUGGUAAUAUUAUGGAUCCUCACUAUCCUUACAACCAACUAUCCUUCGGCGAUGGAGCAAUAAUGGAAGGUGAUUCGACACCUUUAGAAAGCCGGUAUGGCCGCUAUUAUGUAACACUAGAAGGAAUUAGUUUCGAUGGUAAAAUGCUAGACAUAGACCGUGGUAUAUUUGAAAGGACGGCCGUGGUUGAUGAUGGAGUGAUCCUUGAUUCAGGAACUGCAUAUACUUGGCUAGCCCAAGAUGCAUAUAAUGCAGUUAGUGAAGAAGUUCGAAGUCUCUUGAAAGGAAUGUUAAGACGGUACAAAGGCAUGCCUAAUCAAUUGUGCUACGUUGGGAGUGUGAGUGAGGAUCUUAGUGGGUUCCCAGCAGUAACUUUCCAUUUUGCAAAUGGAGCUGAAUUGGUGCUUGACACACAAAGUACGUUUCUUCACGUAGCUCCAAGAGUGUUUUGCAUGGCCAUAGGUUCUAGUAUUGUCAAUGGAGGUAACUCCAAAAAUUUGUCCGUCAUUGGAAUAAUGGCCCAACAGAACUAUAAUGUGGGUUAUGAUAUUGGUCAAAACAAGUUGUACUUUCAAAGGAUUGAUUGUGAGCUCAUGGAGGAUUGA